AUGCUGGCUGAAGUGGUGGAGAAACUGAAGAAGACCAAACUCUCUGCUGACUGUGACGCUGGAGCUGGAGAUGUGCAGUGUGACGUCUGUACUGGAAGAAAAUACAAAGCCGUCAGGUCCUGUCUGGUGUGUCUGAACUCUUACUGUCAGAAUCACCUCGAACAACAUGAGAGUUGGUUUAAAGGAAAGAGACACAAUUUGACUGAAGCCACUGGACGACUGCAGGAGAUGAUCUGCCAGAAACAUGAGAAGCUCCUCGAGGUUUUCUGUCGCACUGACCAGAAAUGUAUAUGUGUGCUGUGUACGAUUAUUGAACAUAAAAACCACGACAUUGUAUCAGCUGCAGCACAGAGGACAGAGAAACAGAAGCAGCUGAAGGAGAUGCAGAAGACGUUCCAGCAGAGAAUCCAGCAGCGAGAGAAAGAUCUUCAGCAGCUGAGAGAGGCUGUGGAGUCUCAUAAGCGCUCUGCACAGACAGCAGUGGAG